AUGUCUACUGUCAAUAUUAUACCAACAAAUGAAACCAUUUACACUCUUGCAACAAUUUCAGAAGCAUUGGAGUGCUCAUCUAUUCCUGGAGUAAUGACACUUAGACUCAACAGUACUAUUAGAGUUAGAACAUCUGAGUGGAAAGAAUGUCUUGUAGAACUUUCUGGAUUCUAUGCGGUCAAAUGGACUAUUCAUAACUCCAACAAACAGCAUACUGAUAUCACUGCUGAAGAAGCUAAAAAAGUGGCAUUAAGAUAUGCUUCUCACAGGAGUACUUGUGUCAUCGUUCAGGAAUUUAUGAAUCUAAGGCAGAGAUGCGAACAAUUCUUUAAGAUACCUGAGUGGUAUGAGAUAACUCUGACCAAAGAUCACGCUGAUAAUACUCCUGGUGAUAUCCAUAAGGAUAUUUAUACUCUUUCUCUUGCCAAAAAUUAUCUGCAUGAACUGUUCCAGCAAUUAGAGCAAGCAUCUAAAUCUGCCAGCCAGAUACGUAUCGACAUGUUGAGAGCUAUUGAUAGAUAUGGAAGAAGUUCUGAUUAUCAAAUGGUUUCUUUCUUGAUAUGGAUAAAUGAGAAGCUUCUUGCAAUUAAUUUUUCAAUUUUUAAGGGCAAUAUGAGUUACUCUCCCAACACAAAUGCAUUUGCUUACAGUUUUAUGUCACCAACACAGCAGAUUAAAAUGAGGAAUGCCGUUUCCUUUUGUUUGGAUGCUACACAUGCUAUCUCUGGCAAAACUGAUGAGAUUUUGUAUACCCUUCUUGUUUGUGAUGAAGAAAUUGGUAGAGGAUGGCCUGUUACUUUCAUGGUAACAAACGACCGGGGUGUUGGCCCUAUUGUACAGUGGCUACUGUUUUUGAAGUCUUUUCUUUUGCUGAUCAAUCCUCAGCAAUUUACUAUUGAUUGCUGCUCUGCAGAAGUACAUGCAAUCCAGACCACUUUCCCUUCCACACAGAUUCAAUUCUGCAUUUUUCAUGGCACUCAAGCAUGA